AUGGCCAAGAAGAAAAAGCUGCAGUUAAAGUCAAAUGUCCAACGUGGCUUUGCGACAACAUCCGUUCCCAAGCGGGAUACAGGAAAGACCACAGAUACCAAGGCAGAUGACUCAGCACCCUCAGCAGCAGCUACGUCGUCAUCCACAGUGGCGGAAGUAGCAUCGCAUGCGGCUGAGAUCGAUGCAGCGAUGCAAGAUCCGUCGCCAGCCGAUGCUUCCCAAGACAAAUCCACAGGGGAUACAUACGAUCCAGAAGCGGAAGAAAUACAAGCGCUGCAAAACUUGGUAGAGAUGAUCUACCCGAGAGUGGAGAAAGAAGUACAACGACGCAGUAAGACGGUGGAUCUGCAGCAGCGCUUUGCGAAAUCCAUUCAAGCUGUGUCGUUUCCUAUCGAUGUGCGUGAUACAGCGCUUCGAUUCGCGCGGCAUGAGAAUGAUGGCUUGCGCGGAGAUAUCGACUUGCCCCCGUGCCAGGACGUAAACGAUCCGGUCUUAGCCGGGAUGUUGGGCAGAUCCACGGCAGCAGAAUCGGAAGCGAAAGAGCUGGAACAUGCGUUGAUUGUAUGGGAAAUGCUACGAACUCUUGGGUUUUCGCGCCAUCAUGCGACUGUGGCGCUGCAAUAUGCCCCGAAUCUCGAUGUGGAAGAAUGUGUGGCUUGGCUCCUAACGCAGCUGGAUGCAGAAGAAUACCGGAAGCUAUCGUUCCAUGUUGAUACGCCUCAAGACCAUGUCAUCUCGCGUGCUGCGGCCAUGGACACAAGUGUGCCACCGCCAUCGUCUUGGUACGACUUUACACGGGUAGAGCGUGAAGGUUUUGCGGCCCAUACGUCCCAAGGGGACAAGGAAGAGACGUCCAAGGCCAAAGUGGACGACACCAUUGACACGGAUCGUGUGAGUGAGGCACAGGUCACAGCUUUGACUACCAAGGCGCGGGCUCUCAUUACAGAGCUGCAUGCCUUGCUGGACGAAGACUCGCCUUGCCUUGAUAUCGUGGAGUACCCCAAUGAAGCCUGGUCGACAGCGCGUAUUAUGUCGCUUCAGAUUGAGCAAGAUCGGACGCAGCGACGGCGGACGCUGGGCGGUACGCCAUCGGAAGCGCUGAAACAAGCAUUGGAUCACGAUGCACUGGAGAAGCAGCUCACGCAACUACUUCAGCGUGCCAACGAUGUAAUGCAGCAGAGCGAGAUGCAGCCUGAUUUUCGCCGACCUCUCGCUCAGCAGCGAUUUAAGGAGCGUAUGAAGCAGCGCCAAGAUGAGGAGGCCGCCCAGGCCCAAGCGCAGAAGGCCGAAGAGGCAGCACGUGCCCAGCGCCGUCGUGAGAUUGAGAAGUUGGAGCAGCCGGACGAAGACAACGACGAACCAAUCGAUGCGCUGGAGGACGAGGGCGCUUUGGAUUUGCUAGAGACCGCCGCCGCGGAGGAGUCUGUGACAGCAGGCUCGCACGUGCAAAUUCGUGACAUCGCGACCCAGGGCGCCCAGCGUACGCCACGCGCGCUGCUCAGCGAUGCGGUGCAGCAGAACGAUCCGCAUGCACGAAUUAAGUACACGCCGGUCUCUUCAGGUGGCCAAGUGCACCGCAGUCGUGUUGAUAUUGCAUGGAGUGCGAAAGGCAAUCGGCCAGCCUACGUCGAUUCGUUUGCGCUGACAACGCAAGGCUGUACCUCGCGUGUGUUAGCUGACGAUCUCGUGGCGACCUUAGCCUUGAACUGUGUCGGCCGUGAGAAGCAUAUCGUACGGCAGCUCGGCACAGGAUUCCGCGCAUGUUGGGACGAGCUCGAAGCCGCACGAGCGACACAGAAAGACGCGUUCUUGCGAGACGAAGUGCUGCAUGUACGGCAUGUGCUGUCACUGCGCGAGGCAAGUGCUACGCCUGCCGCUCUGGACAAGGCAGCGAAAGAGCGAGCGAAGCCGUCGCGUGAGAAAGCAACAAAUUCUAUGACCACGCUCUCCCAAGCACAGCCAGACCCUGCCCUAGCUGAGAUGUGGGCUGAUCGGCAAGCAAGGGACGCGUAUGUGGCCAUGCUGCGUGGCCGUCAAGACUUGCCGAUCUUCCAGGCACGGCAGCAGAUUCUAGACAGUGUGGCACAGUCGCAGGUGGUCGUGCUCAGUGGUGAGACAGGGUGCGGUAAAUCCACGCAGUUGCCUGCGUACCUACUGGAAGACUGCUUAUCGCGUGGCGAGCGAUGCAAGAUCUACGUCACGGAGCCACGGCGUAUUUCUGCCAUGUCGUUGGCGGAGCGUGUCUCGCAGGAACUGGGCGAGGCGCCCAAAAGUGUGGGCACAGGCGAUAGCUUGGUCGGCUAUGCCAUUCGCUUGGAAAGCCAGAUCGGCCCGCAAGCGCGCCUUGUGUAUGCAACCACAGGCAUUGUGCUGCGUAUGCUUGAGUCGUCAGUCUUGGACGAGGUGACCCAUAUUAUUAUCGACGAAGUGCAUGAACGUUCGAUUGAGUCAGACUUUUUGCUGAUUGUCUUGAAAUCGCUCAUGCGACAACGCCCCGAUCUCAAGGUCGUACUGAUGUCGGCGACGCUGGAUGCACAUCGCAUUAGCGAGUACUUUGGUGGGUGCCCUACGCUGAGUGUGCCGGGCCGCACAUUCCCGGUGGACAGCUACUUUUUGGAAGACGCCCUCGAGCUGUGUGACUACACGCUGGAGCCCGAUUCUCCCUAUGCACGCACAGAUGAGCGUACCAACAAGGUCGACGUACGCAGUGCCGACGCGGAAGACGCGGGUGAGGAGGACGAAGACGAGGUGGCCGAGGCUGACCCGGCCCCAGGCUCCGCUAUCGAUGCUGUAACGUAUUCGUCCAAGACGGUGGAUACGCUAGCGCAUCUGAACGAGCACAAGAUCAACUACGAGCUGAUUACGCUGCUGCUAUUGCGCAUUUGCACUGACCAAGCGUAUGCAUCAAUGAGCCGCGCUAUUCUGGUGUUCUUGCCGGGUAUGGGGGAAAUUCGCGAGUGUUUGCGUCAUCUGGGCGAACAUGCCGAGUUCCAGCAGGGAUGUGUCACGCAUGUGCUCCACUCGAGUGUCGCGUCAGAGGACCAGAGUGCUGCGUUCCUGCCGCCGCCGCCCGGGCAGCGCAAGAUUGUGCUGGCGACCAACAUUGCAGAGACGGGUAUUACGAUCCCGGAUAUUACGUGUGUCAUUGACUCAGGUCGUCAUCGCGAGAUGCGGUACGAUGAGAAGCGCAAGAUUAGCCGCCUGGUAGAGUGCUUUGUCGCCCAAAGCAAUGCCAAGCAGCGCCGUGGUCGCGCAGGCCGUGUGCAGCAUGGCCUGUGUUUCCACUUGUUCACUCGCAAGCGCUAUGACGAGUACUUGGACCCUCAUCCGUUGCCGGAAAUGCUGCGUCUAUCGCUGCAAGAGCUGGCUCUGCAGCUCAAAGUCAUGCCGUUGCAGAUCGGACGCUCAGUGGAAGAUGCGCUCUCGCAGGCGCUCGAUCCACCACAGCCGGCCAACAUCCAGCGGGCCGUCGCCUCACUGGUCGAAGUAGAAGCACUUACACCCACAGAGGCGAUCACACCGCUAGGUCGCCAUCUGUGCCAUAUGCCUCUGGACGUCCACCUGGCCAAGUUCUUAUUGAUUGCGGCCCUGUUCCGAUGCACCGAUGCUGCUUUGACCAUUGCGGCCUUGCUCAACGCCAAGUCGCCAUUCCUCAAGACAUUGGGCCAAGAGACAGGGCGUGGUCGCGCGGCGUUCCAGCACGGCGAGCCCAGCGACUUUUUGGCCUUUGUGAGCAUGUAUCGCGCAUGGCGCGCUGCCGUUGGACGGCAGCAAGGACGUGCGUUCUGUGCAUCGCAUGGUCUUAGUGCAGAUGCGCUCUACCAAAUGGAAGAGCUGCGGCAGCAGUACUUGGCAUACCUGGUCGACACAGGGUUCGUGCGUGUGGAUGCGAGCGUGCGUCAUGACUUGGUACGCCGACGCACACGGCAUGGCCGUCCUCGCUUGAUGGAGAUCCCAGCGCACCUCGAUACGUACAGCCAGAGCGGAGCUGUCAUCACGCUAGCCCUGGUCGCCGCCAUGUACCCCAAGCUGCUGAUCGUCGACGAAAAGACGCAGCAGAUGCGCACACUGACGAACAAUCAGCCAGCGGUCAUUCAUCCGUCCUCUGUGAAUGCACGCAAACCACUCGGUACACCGUCCACCCACUUUGUGCUGUACCAUUCGAUUGUGUACUCCCACCGGCUCUAUGCAUGGGAUACGGCAGCCGUGGACGACCGAAUGGUCCUGCUCGUCGGCGGAGAGGCCGAGUUCAAGCAUACAAGCCGAAGUGUGUAUAUUGAUCAUAACCGUAUACGAAUGGCUACGUACGAUGCAUCGUCACUCGUGGCUUUGCGCCUGCUACGUGAUCAGCUGCGGCAGCUGAUGCAUGCCUCGUUCCGCAAACCUGGCACGCCAUGGACGCCAGCACAAGAGCAUAUCUUCUCCCUGGUCCUGGCGCUGAUCGGCGCGGAUACCAAGACGAUCCCCGAGGCUACCUAG